AAAUUUGUCAUCUUUAAAUUUGAAAUUUACAACAUGCUCAUUUAUGUAAAUGAUAUUGGAUAAAUGAGACAUAUUACCCAUGAAGUUGUGUUGUUAGAGGAAGGUUUAGGAUUUGUAAUUGAAGGCACUUAGAUUCAAAGACAUAAGUUUGAAAGUUUUAGGAGAUGGGUUUUAGGGUUUGGCCAGAAAUAUGUUUGAACAGAGUUUGUGGAUUUUAUUUUUUUUAUUUUUUAUUUUUUUUGGUGUGGAUAUUAUGUUUAGGUGAAGCUCAAGAAUUUGUAAUUUUUUUGUAUAUGUAAUUCAAAAAAUUUACAUUAAUUUCUGAAGGAGAGGAUAAAGAGCUUGUACAAGAAUGAAAGAGGUUGAUGUUGCAUAAAACUACUUAUUGAGACUAUUGAAAAUAAUUGAACAAUAACAAACUUUGAAGAGAGUAUUUUUGUUCUUAUAGAAAGUGAUUGAAUUACACUUAUGUUGAAACCCAUGGAAAAAAAAUCAUAUCUUUAUCAAGUAAUAUACAAUCAAUCUAUUUUUGGACUACCAUUAGAUUCAUUCAUUCUGUACGACAUGCAUUCCAAGCAAGCAUGCACAAGAGCACUUUUUUCAAAAUUUCAUUACUGGAGUAUAUGAAUUACUACCAAGAUGGCCACAUUAGAAACUCUUUCAGAAAAAAAAUGGGGAAGUGCCAAUAACAUGGCUAUGAAUUGGAUAGGUUUGCAAGCUCAAGAACUUCUUAAUGACUACUUUGAAAGCAAUUUAGAAGCAGAAAAAAGAAGACUAUUAGAGUACAACGCCUGUAUCAAAAUUCAAGUAGCUACUCGUAGAUUUUUAGCUCAACAAUUAAUGAGACUUUGGCAUGAGAGUGCAAAAAUAAUUCAACGCAUUUAUAGAGGUCACCUUGGUCGAGAACACUAUCAUGAAUGUGAAAGGAAAAAAGAUCAUGAAUUGCGCAUGUCUUACUUCAAUUAUCAUGCAAAUUACAUUCAAAAAUGUUACCAUGGUUAUUGGAGUCGCAAAUAUAUAUGUGACUACUAUGCACGGAAAGCAUUUAUUAAAGCAUGUCUUCUUGCGGGAGAACGGAUGAAAACAUUGUGCACAAUGCACUACAAAUUACAAAUUCAAGGUGAGCAAGAAGAAGCAAAAAGAAAAGUAGAUGCUGAAAUUCACAAAUUCUUCAAUGAAAAUCAUCACAAGUGUAGCACAAAUGUUGUUAAAGGUGCAUUUUAUUCCCCGUAUGUUGCCAUAUUUGGUGGCGGACAUAGCUAUCUAGAAGAAAACAUACGAGAUGCACGUCACCAAGAAGUCAUUGGAAUGGGACUUGAAAAGUUCAAAAAUUUGACCGAAGAUGGCAUCCCCAUCAAACAAUCACAAAAUGCAUUCUUUGUAAAAUCAAGCAAAGCCUUGCAUAGCCGUAUGAGUAUAGACACACACCGUCGAUUGUUAGAGGCAUCACGGAAAGUUCAAUCUCCUGGGACUCUUGUAAGACUUGACGGGCAUUACAAGUCACGAUAUACAGAGAGAAGGAAAUAUGAAAGAUGGAAGAGCUUGUUAAAUGUUAGCGACAAAAAAUUUGACACAGUUGCCAAGAAGAAAAGAACAUCAUGGAAAGAAACAAGACCCACAAUGCGGUGCUCUGAGCAUUAUGAUCAAGCUAAAAUGGAUCGUAAAGCUGCCGCUAUUCAAGAGCUUCAAGACUAUCCCAUGAUGAAAGAGUUCCCUUGGACAUCCAUAGUUGCUCAAGGGUUCCUCUUUUCAAUGUAUGAGCCUUUUGCAAAGGUGUUCCCCAAAAUGAACAAUCAUCACCAUUGGCCCAAAUAUUCACUUCGACAAUCCAUUCAUAGAAGUUUGGCACCACCAUUGGAUACAAACCAUGUAUAUUAGCUUGGAAAUUUAUAUUCUAUUUUUUUAGGUGCUAUUUUAAUAAAUACUUUAAUAAAAUUUAUAAAUUUUAUAAAUUCUCAUUAAUUGGUUACUAAAGAUUACCUACAAUGAAUUUAAUAUAAAAUAAAAUAAAAUUUUUUUUUUUAUUGAAUUGAUUUUUAAUAUAAAAAUAAAAUUUAAAUUUAAACUUAAGUGCUAUCAAAUAAUAGUUAUCUUUUUCCUAAACUAAAUAUUCAUGAUAAAAUAAAUAUUAAAAUAAUGUGUAAAUAUUACAUAUUGUAGUUAUUUUCUUAUGCCAUUUUGAAGAUUACAAAAAAGUGUCAUAUUAUUGAUUUUUUUAAAUUAAAGAAUACAUAAUAACUUGUAAAAGUCCUUCAAUUAACACUAUUAACUAAAUUUCAUUUCAAAAUAAGCAAAGUAAAAUGUUAUAUUUUAUUUUCUUUACUUCUGUAUUUUUUUUUAUAAAAUCUUGGUUAUUAUCAUAUUUCUUUAUUGACCACAUGAGCAUAUUAAAAAUAGUCUCCACAAGUUCAUGAGCUUAGCUAAUGAUCACACCAUAAUUGAUGACUAUAAUUUGCUAAGAUUCGAACCAGAGUUUGACCCUCUUUUAAUCAAUAAAUAAGAUGAACAAAUCUCGAGUAAGAGUUUUGUGGUGUGAGCUUGUUGAUUGAAUACACUGAAGUAAAACGUUCUUCACUACAAGAAAAAAUCAACUUCAUUAUUAUGAUUAUUAUGAUCUCUACUGUUUUAAUUCAUUUUUAAUGUUACUCUCAGAAUCAAGCACCCAAUUUUCAUCGAUUCACACCUCCAGUUACCUUCAUUCUAGUUCAAAAUAAGAAACAAAAGAAAGAAAGAAAAAAGAAGAAAAAAUAGUGCAAGACGAGUUGAGUUCUAGUUUUGGGCACAAGCACUGAAGUUGAAGAAAACUGGCAAUCUUUUGAAACAAAGAGGUUGUUUCUGCAGAUUCAAGUAACUUCAGCUGCUUUGUUUCUGAGGGAGCUUCGCUACAUGGAUGCUGAGGACUAUGACAAUGAUGAGCAUGCAGGGAUACCCACAUCCUCACAACGGGCUCUCCACAUCCUGAAAGUGGUGAACUAGUGCCACAUUUCAGCAGCUAGAUGCAAAACGGAAGAAGCUCACCGACCUUACAUCUCUCAGAUCGCACCUGCUUGCCGACUACAUCAUCGCCGCAAAAGUUCCACACUCGCAGUAUCAACUUGAAUCCUCCCUUCGAAUGCGGCGACGUCACUGAAUUGGGUACUUCAAACAACAUGCAAAACUGGCACACGACUGCAUCCAUGACUCCUGCUCUACCGCGACACCGAUUCCAGUUGUGGGGACUUGCCUUCUCAACCUCGAAGUAGGAUGAGUCAGCCUCUUGUAGCUCGAGUUUUGUAAAUCAGAGAAUGCACGUUUACAAAGGCACAUGGUGGACUGAAGUGCAGUGCAGUGGAGUGGACUGUUUCGAAAUGAGAAACUAGCUUUACGUGCAGAACUGGCAUGAUCAACCUCAUCUAGACUCCAUCUAGAAAGAGACAUCAACAUGAACAACAUGAAAAACAUGAACAAAGACGUGUGUUGAGAAUGCUCUUGAGACUGUGGCUGGCAUUCAAUGCAGUGCUAUGCUGUGAACAUUCCUUGUAUUAUUUCAUUAAACUGGAUGGAGAGGCUCUAGUCACCAAGUCAUAAAUUUCUUCCAAUUAAUGUAUAAAAAAUAAUCCUUACAUUUAGUUCUCUGAACAAAUAGAAAACAAAUCGUUUAGAAAGUUUGAGAAUUUGAAUGAAAAAAAUUGUACAAGUUUUCAAUAAAACUUCGAUACUUCAAUAUC